AUGAACUUUGAGGAUGUGGCCAUUGUCUUCUCUCAGGAGGAAUGGGGGCUCCUUGAUGAGGCUCAGAGACUUCUAUACUAUGAUGUGAUGCUGAAAGUGUUUGCACUUGUGUCAUCUGUAGGUUGUUGGCAUAACAUGGAUGAUAAGGAGGCCUGUUCUAGUCAAAGUGUAUCUAUACAAGGAGAGUCACAGGUCAGGGCUUCUAAGACAGCUCCAGCCACCCAGAAGACCCUUCUGUGUAAGCAGUGUUUCUCUGUGUUACAACAUAUUUUGCACCUGACUGAGUCACGUGAAGCAUACUUUGAGCAGAAAACCUUCUGUAGUGACACAUGUGUUGGAGAUGGCUGUUUCAGUGCAAACCCUCACCAGCAACAGAGGAAUGAAUGUGGAGAGGGGCCCUGGAAACAAGCUGUGGGCAGGGCCUCGUUUGUGAACAGCUGCAGCUUCUACUUAUCUUCAGUGCCUUCAACCAGCAGGAAGGUUGGAGAAGACUUUCAAUACAACUCAGAGUUUCCCCAGCACCAGGCCACUCUCAACACUGAGGAGCUACACUGUGGCAGUGGGAUUUCCCAGGAAUUUCUUGAUGGAAAAAGUCUUCAUCAGAGGGGUGAAUGUGAAAACGCUGGCAGCAACGACCUGAAAGUUGUUCAAAUUCAGGGUGUCUGUUCUGGAGAACUGCUUUAUGAGUGUAACAAAUGUAGGAAAGUUUUUAGACGAAUCUUUAACCUCAUUCAACAUAAGAGAGUUUACACUGGAGAAAAGCUGUAUGAGUGUAGAGAAUGUGGGAAGUCCUUUCAUCAAAGGAGUCACCUCACUGGACACCUCAGAGUUCACACUGGAGAGAAGCCAUAUGAGUGUACUGAAUGUGGGAAGUCUUUUAGCCAAAAAUCUAACCUUAUUAAACACCUGAGAGUUCACAGUGGCCACAAGCCAUAUGAGUGCUAUUAUUGUGGGAAGUUCUUCAGUGAUAAGUCUUACCUUGAAGAACACCACAGAGUUCACAGUGGAGAAAAGCCAUAUGAAUGUAGAGAAUGUGGGAUGUCCUUUCGGCAAAGGGCUCAUCUCACUGCACACCUUAGAGUUCACACUGGAGAGAAGCCAUAUGAGUGUACUGAAUGUGGGAAGUCUUUUAGCCAAAAAUCUAACCUUAUUAAACACCUGAGAGUUCACAGUGGCGACAAGCCAUAUGAGUGUUAUGAUUGUGGGAAGUUCUUCAGUGAUAAGUCUUACCUUGAAGAACACCACAGAGUUCACAGUGGAGAAAAGCCAUAUGAGUGUAGAGAAUGUGGGAUGUCCUUUCGGCAAAGGGCUCACCUCACUGUACAUCUGAGAGUUCACACUGGAGAGAAGCCAUAUGAGUGUACUGAAUGUGGGAAAUCUUUUAGCCAAAAAUCUAACCUUAUUAAACACCUGAAAGUUCACACUGGAGAGAUGU